GGUGCCCGAACCCCGCAACCCGGCCGUCGGCGCCAUGGCCUCGCGCCGUCGCCCGCCGUCCCCGCUGCGCGUGCGGCUGAGCCCCCCGGACCCGCGGCUGCACCGCAAGCUGGAGCGCUACUUCCAGAGCCGCCAGUCUGGGGGCGGCGAGUGCACCGUGAGGCCCGUCGACGGCGGGGAGCCCGGAGUCUAUCUCGUGAGGUUCCGCGAGCCGGCGGAUAAAGAGAGUGUACUGAAAAAGGAAAAUCAUUGUCUUACUAUUGAUGGUGAAACUGUGAGUGUUUACCUGGAACCUACUGGAAAUCCAACACAGGAGAAUGCCAGACCGAGAAAGUCUUCAUUAACACAAUUAGUAGAUGAGCCAAGGUCAGAUGAGAAGCAUCCAGAUGAAGAAUAUCCCCCAGACACUGUGAUUUCCUGUGUCCAAAAGAUCUUUCUUGAUGUCACAGCCAACCUGAACUGUGACCUGUUUUCUAAAGAGCAGAGGAGCCACAUCCCCAUUCUCUUCCCCAAUGUCAAAAGAAUGGAGGGCAUCAAUGGGAUCGAGAAGGUGUGUGGUGACUUCAGAGACAUCCAAAAUAUAUAUCACUACUUGAGCAGUCAAGUCCUGGACCAUGAGCCGAAACAUGGCUCUUCCACUUUUCUAAAGGAGAGACAGCUACUCAGCCUACCAAACAGGAGCAGCAGUGUUACUUCACUGGAGGAGAGACAACUCCGCCAUCCAUCAGAGAGCAGCAGCAGUAUUACUCCCUUAAAGCCAGAAACUAGAAGCGAAACAAAGAGCUCACGUUUUGAAAUUCCCUUGCUUUUCUUUGAAUAUUUUAAAUAUAUAUUUCCCAAUAAAAUAGAUUCCAUAGAGAAAAAAUUUGGUGUAAAAAUUAAAACUCAGGAGAAUGUUCCCAAUUAUAUCUAUUUAGAAUUCAUCGCAAGUCAAUCAGAUGACAUCGACUCUGCUCUUGAAUCUUUUGUUGGAGAAUUUCAGAAGAUCACGGCAUGUCUGGGGGAGGAGCGUAUCACUUCCCCAGAUAAUAAGGAGUCACAUAAAAUAAAAAAGAAAUUAGCUCUCCAGUUUGAAAAGCUCCUUAUAAAGGAGAAUGGAAGAGAAUUAAUUCUCAUUGGGACUCAAGAUGAUAUCACAGCUGCCAAACACUUCCUUGCAUCCCUAACCCCUGAUAGUCUUACUAAGGUAUCUCUGAAGAUACUACCUCCUGGAUACAUGGUGAAUGGAAUUGAGGUUGACACCUCUCAGUACAAGCUUUUGAUAGAUGAAUUAUGCCAGGCGAUAUCAGAGAUAGAAAAAAAGUACAACACUCGAAGUCAUGUUCUAGAAAAAAGCCAAAGAACUGUCAUUAUAUUUGAACCUAAGGACAAGGAAUUAAAUCUGUCUGUACAUGCAUAUGUAAAUUUUAUUGAUGCUUAUCAAGAUAUUGCGAGUCAGUUGACAAGAGAAAUUCUUUCACUGAAAUCUUUCAGCAAAAAGAAAAAGCACUUGCAAAGCAAGCAGUUCGCUGAUGAUUUUAGGAAAAAUCAUCCACAUGUACACUUUGUGCCAAAUGACGAGACCGUGACUUUGAUUGGGUUGCCAGAUCUCCUGACAAAGGCAAAGCAGUAUGUCUUACAAAGAGAGGGAGUGUCUUUAUUAACUGAAAAGAAACAAAGUGGGGAUCAUGAAACGACUAUGGACAUUGAUAUUUAUUUAGAAACAGCUCCAACAACAUUCCAGCAUUCUGCUGGUGCUGGGCACAUGGGACAGGAUGACAAUAAGAAUUUAUGUAGCAUCUGUAUGGAUACGAUUAGUGACAAAAAAGUGCUUCCAAAAUGCAAGCAUGAGUUCUGCACUGACUGCAUCAACAAGGCCUUCUCGUUUAAGCCCGUUUGUCCUAUGUGCCAGACUUCCUAUGGUGUCCAGAAAGGGAACCAACCAGAGGGAACCAUGAGCGUGAAUUUCAUGAAGACCCCACUUCCAGGUUAUGAUCACUGUGGCACCAUUGUGAUCCAUUAUAACAUGAAAGAAGGCAUACAGACAGAGGAACACCCAAACCCAGGGAAGAGAUACUGUGGAGCACAACGCAAAGCGUACUUACCUGAUAAUGAGGAAGGAAAAGAGGUUUUGAAACUGCUUCGAAGGGCCUUUGAGCAAAAACUGAUUUUCACAGUGGGGACCUCUCGCACAUCAGGAAUGUCAGAUGUUAUCACAUGGAAUGAUAUCCACCACAAGACAGCCCUUUCUGGGGGACCAGAACAGUAUGGCUAUCCUGAUCCUGAUUAUCUGAAGCGUGUGAAACAGGAGCUGAAAGAUAAAGGAAUUGAAUGAAGUGCUGUAAGAAUGUCUUGAAAGCUGUCAGAAGACAGAGCUGAAGAAGUAGACUAAUUACCAGUCUAAGUCCUAUGUAGAAACUCCUGUUGAAAAAUUUUAUUUUAAGAAGUAGUUUGUGUAAGAACAAGAACAUUUCAGGGAGGGGGUGGAAUGCCAUGGUCUGAAAUGAUUUUUUUUCUCUUUUUGUUUUGUUUUUUUGCCACAUUCAGUGGUACUCAGGGUGUACUUCUGGCUUUGUGUCAGAGAUCACUACCGGCAGGUCUUGAGGGACCAUUUGAGGUUCCAGUUUGAACCCAAGUCAGUCAUGUGCAAAGCAAGCGGCCUGCCUGCUGUACCAUCUCCUUAACCCUUGAGAUGAUUUUCUAUGUUCUGUAUUCAACCUGUCAGUUAUUCCUCUUUUUAUUGGCAUGUCUGGCACUGUCCUCCCGUUGUUCAACGAUUUGCUCGAAUGGGCACCAGUAGCGUCUCCAUUGUGAGACUUGUCUGGUUGGUCCUUUCAUUUUUUCUUGCUUUUUAAAAUUUACCCUUUAAUCUAAAGUAGUCAGGGAGAGGUUUUGAUGGUAGAAAAUCAGGAAACCACAUUUCCUGUCUUCCCCCAUAGCUAGAAAAGUGGGCAGGAGCAGAAUUUGGACAGUAGUUUUUCAAGAAAAUUUGCUUCCUGAUUUAGGUGGCUGAUAACCCAGCAGAGGUUUAUAUUCUUUGAAAUCUUUGGCAGAGGCAGGAGCAAAGAAGCCAUUUCUGGAAUUUUCAGCACAUAUGUAGAAAACUGAAUUUCUUUUGCUCUUGUUUUGGGGUCACGCCCAGCCAUACUCAAGACUUACUCCUUGCUCUGUGCUCAGGGAUCAUUCCCGAUGGGCUCGGGGCUGGGAACGGGAGGGUGGUAGUGUAUGGAGUAUCAGGGAUUUAGCCACUUGGUCACAUGCAAGGCAGUCGCAUUACCCUCUGUAAUAUCUCUCCAUUCCCCAAAGCUGAAUUUCUGCUUUUCUUUCUUUCUUUCUUUCUUUCUUUCUUUCUUUCUUUCUUUCUUUCUUUCUUUUUUUGAAAAUGGAAGCUUAUUGGAAAGUAGAAGAGUAACUCCCCACCCAGUUAGUGUGGAGCCUCAUAUAAGACUAAGUUUAAAAAGCUGAAUUUCUUCCUCCAGAUCACUGGGCCGCUGAACACUAAAUUCUGAGCUCUGACCAGACUUCUAGCUUCUCCCUUAUUUUCCCCUGAUUUUUGGAAUCUGCUAUAUGGGGUGUACUUGCCUCACAUAUUUCUGAAUAUUUUUCUUCCUUUAGAUAUUAGAGUUCUGAAUAUGACACUUCUAAUUUUAAUAGAUAAGUAACCUUACUUUUCUUUUCAGACUGUCGUUUUCUUAACCCUUUUAGUAAAACCCUUUUCUUUUUCCAUCCAUUCCUAAAGCCCACAAAGGCAUGUUUUUGCCCUUAAAAUCUUUCACAUGAGGGACCAGAGUGAUAGCAUACCGGGUAGGGCUCUUGCUUUGCACCCAGCUGAUCCGGAUUUUAUCCCUGGCAUCCCAUAUGAUCCCCUGACCACUGCCAGAAGUAAUUCCUGAGUGUAGAUCCAGGAAUAACUCCACAGUAUUGCAAGGUGUGACCCAAAAAGAAAAAAAAAUUCACUCUAGUUGUCUCUGGGCUGGAGCGAUAGUAUGGCAGGUAGGGCGUUUGUCUUGCAUGCGGUCGACCUAGUUUUCGAUUCCUCCAUCCCUCUUGGAGAACCCGGCAAGCUACCGAGAGUAUCCCUCCCACUAGGCAGUGCCUGGCAAACUCCCCGUGGCGUAUUCAAUAUGCCAAAAACAGUAACAAGUCUCACAAUGGAGACGCUACUGAUGUCCACUCGAGCAAAUCGUUGAACAACGGGAGAACAGUGCUGACGGUGUUGACAGUUGUCUCUGGAGAAAGAAAAGUCAGAAGUUGAGCCUUCUCUAAGGAACGCACAUCAUUUCAUAGUUUGCUUUCAAAUGGAUCUUCAGAUCAGAAGAAAAUGAUAGUAGAAAAUCAUCUGGUUAUUCUUUUAUUUCUCCUAAAAUGAUGAGAUAUCUUCUUUUUCCUGAAAGACAUAUGUAACACCCAUUUACACUUUUUGUCAGAUGGUAAUAACUUAUGCUUAUUAACUGUUACUAAUAGCUACUUACAUACUUGGUCCCCAACAGGUUUAUAUCUGUAUCUCCAUGUUAUAACAAAAGUGAUAUAUAGAGAGAAUAUGUCUCUUGUAAAAAGUCACAUAGUUGUUGUGCAGAAGUGUUAAGUAUUUAAAGGAUAAUCUGGUCCCAAGCCUUCUGCACCCCAGAUACUUUUUCAGAGAGCAGACUAAGGAGUUCCCGUUUGUCUGGGCUUCUCAAAAUAAAUUUCUUCCAAGGAAAUCCUAUUUGGCAAACUUAAAAAUGUAAUCUUACUCUUUGCCCAAAGAGUGAAAGAAACCUAAGAUGAAUUUUAUAUACAUAUAUAUACAUACAUAUAUAUUCUUUCUUUUUUUCAUCAGGUUAUACAUUCAAUUUUUGGUAAUUCAUCAAAAUCUUUAUAGUUGCGUCUGUUUUAUAUCUGCUGAUCUUUUAAUAAACUUGCUUCACAAAAGUUCAUUUCUAGCUAAACAGCAUCACUGGUCAUAUGCAUGUUCGUAGGCAAGUUUCACAGAGCAUGCUGGUGGUCACUGAGCUUUUGGACAAUUGCUUUUGGUCUGGAGAAGGUAUUAUAUCUGUUUCUGCCUUAAAUAAAGUUCAAAUCAUAUUAGGAGUAAAUUGUGUUUCCCCCCCACUCCUUUGUCCUUUUUUCUUAGGUUGAAAUUCUAGGUAUAUCUUACAAGACAGCAUGUAACACUAGAACAUUGAUUUGGUGUAUAGCUAUUUGCUAAGGAGUAUCACAGUAGAACUUUACUACUAUUGACUUUAUUGUUGCUAUCUGCAGUUAUAAAAAUUAUAUUUCUUAAUA